AUGACUGCGCCUGGUGCCUUCGACCAAGCGGUCAAAGGGAUGUCUGGCGUGGCCCACGUCGCAACCAUCCUGGGCCACACACUCGACUUAAUCACAGGUGUUAUCCGUACGAAUCGAAGCCUCCUUAUCAGCGCAGCCAGAGAAGACACAAUAAAGCGAUUCGUAUACACUUCCUCAUCCGAGGCAGCAACCUUUUCAUCCUUCUCGGAGCACCAAGCAGGGCCAAGCAUAUCUAUAUCUGCGGAUACGUGGAAUGAAGAGGCUCUCCGCAGAAGCCGGACCAACACCGUGAGUCCGAAGAGAGGCUUCGACAUUUAUGCCGCCAGCAAGACUCUGGGUGAGCAGGAGAUAUGGAAGUGGGCAGCAGAGAAUCGCCCGGGGUUCGUUAUAAAUACGGUCCUGCCCUCUGUAUGCUUCGGGGCCUCCAUCGAUGCUAAGUCUCAGGGCCAUGCCUCAUCAUCUGGGUGGCCCGCAGCUAUCUUUCGUAACCAGUUUGAUCAAGUCUGGCCGUUCCUGCAGCAUAUCAUACCUACAGGCUCCUACUGCGUUGAUGUGAAGGAUGUUGCACUUCUCCAUGUGGCGGGUCUAACCCACCCGGAAGUGACGAAUGAGCGCCUAUUCGCUUUUGGGAACGCUUUUACAUGGCACGAAGUCGUAUCUAUAUAUCAGAAAGCUUUCCCCGAUCGUGUAUUUUCAAGCGAACUGCCAGGUGCGAAAAAGAUGGUUCAUUAUGACAUCGGGCCGGAUGCCCGUGCGCAGGAUUUACUGAGGGUAAUGGGAAAGCCUGGGUGGUCUACCUUGGAGGACACUCUGAUGGCGAAUGUAUCGGACAUAUUCCAAGCUACAGAGCAGGCGGGUGACCCAAAUGUCUCAAUAGAAUUUCAGGGCAAGUGGAAAGUGGGGCGGUAG